CUUUUGAUAACUGUUCCCUCAGCAGCUAUUAAUUUUCGACACAUCAUGUUGCGGACUCUCAUCUCAAGAAUCGCUUCUCAACCCAAGACAGGAGUUCGGCCAUUGCACCUGAGUGCUCCUCUCAGAGAUCAAAUGUCUCGUGCUGAAGUGUCUGGAAAGCGCUUCUGGGAGAAGGCUGGCGUGAAAAACCUUGGAGAUCGUGUUGCUGUAACAUUGGAUGGGAGGAUAUUGAAAACACCUGCUGGAAACCAAUUAACUCUUCCUAAGGAUCAGGAACACCUCGCAUUGAUGAUCGCAGGGGAGUGGCAUGGUCAGAAAACCCUAUUGAAGGCACACUCUCUGCCUAUGACCUCACUAGUUGCAAGAGCAAUUGAUGGUUUUGUAGGAAAUGAACAGGGGCGCAAGGAUACCUUGGAUCGCUUAAUAAAGUUCCUUGACACUGACUCUGUUUGCUAUCAACAAGACUACCCUGAUUCAAUCGUCAAGGCCCAGCAUGAGCACUGGGAUCCUAUUCUGAAAUGGGUUAAGGAUGAAUAUGGUCUUGACAUCCGAGUCUCACAGGGAAUCACUUAUGUCCAGCAGACGGAUGAAGUGAAGCAAAAACUACGGGAUAUUGUCAACAGCAUGAAUGAUAUUGACCUUUCAGCUUUUGAGCGAGCUACAUUGACUGCCAAGUCGUUCUUGAUUGGCCUGGCGGUUGUCAAGAGACAUUUGUCAGUGGAGAAGGCAUGGAAAGCAGCCCAGUUGGAGGUCUUGGACCAGAUCGAUCGUUGGGGCGAGGUCGAGGACAGUCAUGACGUGGAUAGGGAAUUUGUCAAGAGUCAACUUGCCAGCGCUCGUCUGGCCAACCUGGGCGUUUAGACCACCAUUUGUUCAUUUCAGGAAAGAGCAAGGGAAUUGUAGUGAUAAAAA